ACCGGUCACACCAGAGAGAUGAGAAGAGGAGAGAGCCUACAAAAAUGGACGUGGGUAGCAAAGAGGUCUUGAUGGAGAGUCCACCGGAUUACUCAGCAGGUCCCAGGAGCCAGUUCCGCAUCCCCUGUUGCCCCGUGCAUCUCAAACGCCUUCUCAUUGUGGUUGUGGUGGUGGUCCUCGUUGUCGUGGUGAUUGUAGGGGCCCUGCUUAUGGGCCUUCACAUGAGUCAGAAACAUACUGAAAUGGUCCUUGAGAUGAGCAUUGGAGCACCGGAAGCACAGAAGCGCCUAGCCCUGAGUGAGCACAUGGACACCAUUGCCACCUUCUCCAUUGGUCCCACUGGCAUUGUUGUGUAUGACUACCAGCGGCUCGUGACUGCCUAUAAGCCAGCUCCGGGAACCUACUGCUACAUCAUGAAGAUGGCUCCAGAGAGCAUCCCCAGUCUCGAGGCUUUUACUAGAAAAUUCCAGAACUUCCAGGCCAAGCCCUCAGCAGCCACCUCGAAGCUGGACAGGGAGGAAGGGCGUGAUACGGGUUCCGAGACUUCCGGGAGAGAUCUGACUUUCCUAGGCCUUGCUGUGAGCACCUUGUGUGGAGAGCUACCACUGUACUAUAUCUAGGACUCCUCAGGGUCGGUGGCCGCAUCGGGACAGGAAAGUCCGGCAGCAAAGGGUCUUUUGCAGACAAGCAGGAAGCUGCUCCUGUUCAUGCCCGACAGGAGAGAGUAGAAGCCAGUAGAGCAAAGGUGUCUCCUACCGGCCAGGGGGCUCCUACCACAAAACAAUAAAGCAACCUGACUGAAAAACAAA